AUAGUUGGAGGUGAAGAUGCUCCACCUGGAAGUUGGCCCUGGCAGGUUAGUCUGCAGAGGUUUGGUGGCCAUUUCUGCGGUGGUUCCCUCAUCAACAGCGAGUGGGUGAUGUCUGCUGCUCACUGCUUCUCCAGUACGAGUACAUUUGGAUGGCAGGUUUCUCUUGGCCGUCAGAACCUGCAGGGCAACAACCCAAACGAAGUGUCCAGAUCUGUUGCCAGAAUCAUUUUACAUCCAAACUAUGACAGUGACACCUUGAACAACGACGUUGCUCUGCUCAGACUCUCCUCUCCAGUCAAGUUCACAGACUACAUCAGACCUGUGUGCCUGGCAGCCAGUGGCAGUGUGUUCAACAAGGGUACUGAUAGCUGGGUCACUGGCUGGGGCACAGUCGAGGAGGGAGUGGCUCUCCCGUUCCCUAAAACUCUACAAGAAGUGGAGGUUCCAGUUCUGGGAAACCGACAGUGUAACUGUCUCAAUGGAGUCGGUACAGUCACAGACAACAUGAUCUGUGCUGGUGUUCUGGCAGGAGGCAAAGACUCAUGUCAGGGUGACUCGGGAGGUCCAAUGGUGAGCAAACAGGGCUCCGUCUGGGUCCAGUCUGGAAUAGUUAGUUUUGGUUUUGGCUGUGCUCGGCCCAAUCUGCCAGGAGUCUACUCCAGAGUUUCCAGUUACCAGUCCUGGAUCAACUCCCACAUCAGCUCUGACAAGCCAGGAUUUGUCAAGUUCACCUCCAGUGGGCUGGAUGCUGACAGCAGCUACACCUGUCCUGGUCUCCCAGCUCCUCUAAUUACUAUUACUGCUGGUCCUGGUACUAGUACUGCAAGACCAGUUACAACCAAAGAUCCAGUAUCUGUAACCACAGCUCCACCAUCUACCAUGUCAAGUGCUGAAUUGUGUGGCAUCACUCCCCUGAACACCAGGAUAGUUGGAGGUGAAGAUGCUCCACCUGGAAGUUGGCCCUGGCAGGUUAGUCUGCAGAGGUUUGGUGGCCAUUUCUGCGGUGGUUCCCUCAUCAACAGCGAGUGGGUGAUGUCUGCUGCUCACUGCUUCUCCAGUACGAGUACAUCUGGAUGGCAGGUUUCUCUUGGCCGUCAGAACCUGCAGGGCAACAACCCAAACGAAGUGUCCAGAUCUGUUGCCAGAAUCAUUUUACAUCCAAACUAUGACAGUGACACCUUGAACAACGACGUUGCUCUGCUCAGACUCUCCUCUCCAGUCAAGUUCACAGACUACAUCAGACCUGUGUGCCUGGCAGCCAGUGGCAGUGCGUUCAACAACGGCACUGAUAGCUGGGUCACUGGCUGGGGCACAGUCGAGGAGGGAGUGGCUCUCCCGUUCCCUAAAACUCUACAAGAAGUGGAGGUUCCAGUUCUGGGAAACCGACAGUGUAACUGUCUCAAUGGAGUCGGUACAGUCACAGACAACAUGAUCUGUGCUGGUGUUCUGGCAGGAGGCAAAGACUCAUGUCAGGGUGACUCGGGAGGUCCAAUGGUGAGCAAACAGGGCUCCGUCUGGGUCCAGUCUGGAAUAGUUAGUUUUGGUUUUGGCUGUGCUCGGCCCAAUCUGCCAGGAGUCUACUCCAGAGUUUCCAGUUACCAGUCCUGGAUCAACUCCCACAUCAGCUCUGACAAGCCAGGAUUUGUCAAGUUCACCUCCAGUGGGCUGGAUGCUGACAGCAGCUACACCUGUCCUGGUCUCCCACCUCCCCAAACAACUUCACCACCGACCAGGCCAAGAACUACUACCAAAACUGUAACCAGUCCUUCACGGGCAGUGUGUGGCAAAGCUCCUAUGAACAAUCGUGCUGUAGGUGAUAGUGGUGUUGUGCGAGGAGGAAUGUGGCCCUGGAUGGUGAGUCUCCACAAAAAUGGGGUCUAUACUUGUGGAGGAACCCUCAUCGCUGAUAACUUUGUCCUCACUGCAGGCCAAUGCUUCUCUACCCCCAAUCCAAAUGUUCGUGAGUGGAGUGUGUUUCUGGGCCAGAAACACGUGAAUGGUCAUGAGGAGUUUGAGAUGUCUCUGGGUGUUGUGAACAUUACAUUGAGCAAAAUGACAGGCUCCAACAUUGCUCUGCUGCAGCUGGCUAAACCAGCCAGCUAUGGAGAUUAUAUCCAGCCUGUGUGUGUGGACAUUAGCAGUGACAGAUCCUUUCUCAUUGGUAGCCCAUGCUGGCUGGCAGGCUGGGGGAAGGGGAGUAAGAACAGAGGUGCUGUUAAAGCUGGCUCAGGUCUUCGAGACCUUGAAACUCAGGUGGCAAGUUGUGGGAAUGUUUCUGAAUCAGAGAACAUUUGCACUUAUACCAUGGACCUUCAACAGGGAGAUCAGGGCAGCCCUCUUCUGUGCAAGUCAGACUCAUCUUGGUUCCAGGUGGCCAUCGUAACAAUGAGUGGAAGUAAAUCUGGCCGUGCAGAUGUUCAGCUCUUUACCAAAACUUCAAGAUUCGGGUCAUUCUUAAAGGAGACAGUUGGUGACAUGCCGUCUUCUGCAGCAGCUGCAACAAGUAGUGCUCCAGGUUUCACAACUUCCUUAUUCUUGACUUUCGUUGUCUCCACUACGUCUGUGUUCCUGUUUUCAUGCUGUUAGGUCUGUUGUUGGGGAUGACUGAAGUAGUUCAUUAUUGCACUUAAUAGUCAAGCUGACUGAUAGCUUUGACCAAUCUGCUUCAGUCUUCAUUUAUAUUCUGUACUGUGAAUACACUUACGAUACUCAGGUUAAACUAAAAAGAAUGCAUCAUGAGACACUUCCAAAGAAGUCUAUAUUUUUAUAACAGAAUGUAUUUUACUGUAAUAUGUGGAACAUUUCUCAAAGGUGUACAGGGAAAUGUCUUUUUCAAAAUGUGUUUCAGUUAAUCCAGUUAAAUAAAGAAAAGUUUUUAUUUUAUGUAUUCUUUAAUACAUCAUACUGUACCUGUUUUCUUUCAGUCAUGUAUGAAGAAAAAUGA